UCAUGUGUGUGGGUGUGUGUCUCUACCACAAGUAGACACACACACACACACACAAGUUCCAGACAGGCGCUUGCUGUGGAGGCUGUGCAACACCUUCAGAGUGAAAUUGAGAGCUGCAGCUGAGUUUCUCAGAUCAUCAACCAGGGUAAUCAGGGCGUUUCCAGGAUCCCAACAUGUAUUUUCGGCUGGGUGUGCUUUUGGUCCUGGCUCUUGGGACUGUGCAAUGCCAAAAGAGACCUGUUAAAGAUGAAUGGGACUACAGAGAUGGAGCCGAUAAGGUCAACAUGCGAGGGGUGGCCAAUCUAACUGAGGUCCUAGACAACUGGAGAUUCGACAUCCUGAAUCAGAUGAAGAACCUUGUUCAGAAUGACCACCAGGCCCUCCUCCCAGACUACUCCAGGAUCCCGCCGCUGUCAGAGGCCCUGGACGACCUCUUCAAUGAGUUCAAUGCGCUGAAGGAGCGGCUUGGGGAUCUCAGCGAGAAGUUCGUGGGCAUGGAGACCUUCAUCGAAGAGGUCAAGGCUGGGAAGGUUCCCAGUGGAGGAGCACGAGCUGCAGCCCCGCCCAAGAAGAAGGUCAUCCCCAAGAAGAGGAAUCCCUGAGGACUCCUGGAGGCUCCCUCCACUCCACGCACCCUGCAGCAACCCUUCUAUACCCUGUAGCAAUCCUUCAGGAUAAAGCAAUAGAGGCAAGCCAAUCACCUGAGCUAUCAGCCUGCAAGCUUGGAUCUCGGCCAUGAAUCAGGCACUUACAAUAGAUAUUCAGUAAAAGCUACAUUAAAAACAUGGAAGCUCGUGGGCCCCUUAUAAAGGUUUAAAAUGGUAAAAACAUAGCAAUGUGUAAUAAAGCACAGCGAAAGCAAGGUAAAGCGUAGGUAAGCAUUGUAAAGAACAACAAGGUAUGGAAAAGCAUAUUAUUAAACAUGGCAAAACAGGGUAAACUACGGUAAAUAUAUAGUAUAGCCAUUGGAAAAGCAUGCUAAAACUGCAGAAAUACUAUGCAAAAAUAUUGUGGCAAACAUUUAUAAGGGGCAGUGCUAAUAAAUCAGUAGUGUACAGUAAAAAUACUUUGUAUUCACUUGUACACAAUUUAGUUAUGAAUACAGCCUUUAGGAUUCAUAAAGCUUGAACUUGUACAGUCCUUGUUUUCAACAUCUGUUUUUCAGAAGAAAACACAGUUUGCUAUUCAAACACAACAAUAUUCUCAGACAAUAAACCCAUUAUUGCCCUUGGCUUAGAUUCAGAAUGUUUAUUUUGAUCUUUUACUGACUAUGCUGUUAUGCAUUAGGUGCUAUUAUAUAGUAGUUUUUGUUGUAAAUACAGUACAGUGAAAUCAAGAAGAGAACAAUUAACCUUCUACACUAGAGGGAAGAAAAAGCUAGGCUGAAAAUAAAGGUUUUUAAAAAAUCAAUUAGAUACAAUUAAAAGUGUAGACAACAAACAACUGAUUUUACAGGGUAGCCCCUAAAUCGAUGUAGAGUAUCACAAGCAUUAUAGCAACAAUAUAAUAUACCAAUAACAUACCAUACUAGGAUUAGGCCUCCACUUAAGGUUUGCAUUAGUAGAUUAGAUGAAGUUCACACUGUCAAAUACAAUACGCAGAAUGUACCAGCAUGGUUUUGUUUCUAUUGAAAUAACAAAGACGCUGUUGGGAUGGCUUACAGACGCUGUCUGUAAGCCAUCCCAAUUGAAAUUGUAUACACCUGUAUCUCUAAUGUAUCUGAUUGCCUGCUGGUUUAAUCGCUUUUAGAAUACCACAGAAGAGUGCUUGUGAACAGGGAGUCUGCCACUAAAAAUGAACAACUGCAGUUGUAAUGUGCAACAGUCCACUGAAUACAAAACAGCCGCUGGUAAAGAGUAUGUUUCUGUUCACAUUUUAACUGUUUGUGUAUUACGUGUAAUCCUGAAAAGCAGCUAUAGUUUUCCUGUUUUUUUUUUCUCUCUGCAUGACUAAUAAAAAUAUGGUGAAAAGGGA